AUGGCUUCACGCCGACUCGACAUCUCCUCUCUCCUCAACGACGGCGACGACGCAAAGCACCACCAGCCCUCCGCCCCCUCCCCCGCCCCCGCCUCUUUUUCCGCGCCCUCCUUCCAGCAGCAGCAUAUCGUCGCAGAGCCUGUCGUCCUCGCGCCCCACCUCAGAAGUAAUUCUUCUCAACGAGCUCUCCCACCCCAGACCGAAUACAAUGCCCACAAUUCUCUACGCGACCCCCACAUCAAGGAGUCCGAUAUCCGCCCUCACUCGUCCUCGACCCGCGGCAGAUUUCCAACACCAACCUCAACAGGAAGCUCAGACUUUUCUAGCAGGCAAAAGCCGUAUUCCGAGUACGUCGAGCAAGAUGCUGAUCGGACACGGGCUGCGCACCCAGUUUAUCGAUCAGAGCAACCUUCUCAACCCCGUCCAUCAUCUUCUCGGUCCUCUAAUUCGCCUCACGUCGCAUAUAGGUAUCCACAGGCAUCUACCGCCGUGUCGCCGACCGUAUCCCCAAGCAGCAACGCUGUGAUUGAACGCUUCCCUCCAGUUCAUCACCCUUCUGCUUAUACCAAGCACCCACAUUCUAUCUCCCAAUCUCAGUCACGCGCAGUGGAACACCCUCAGGCAAAUCCUUAUCCUCAAGCUCAGACUUCGUCUUCCCCUUCAAAUCCAUUUAACCUUUUGGUCCAUAUCGCGAAUGAAGAAAGGAGGAAGCUUAGCGGCAGUGAAGUCUCAGACUCGAUGCCGAGGCCUGGUUCGCCGAGUAGACAGCACAGUCGCCGGUCACAAUAUGGCGGCACUUCGGACCUGGUUGCACCUGAAUCAAUCAAGAAGCCUUCGGACUGGUAUCCUGGCCGCGGGGACCGUGCGGACGAGGCCCAUAGGGAAACACAAGCACCUUAUCCUCAUCGCACCCAGAGGAUGCCCAUUCAUGACCAACCAUCCCAGCAACCGCAGCCGUCGAUGCCACAUCCGUCUAAUCACCAUAUCCCUUCUGUUCCUGAGCCACAUGUCUCCCCUUCUGAGCCAUCUGCUCGGCUACUUGACUCUCGCUUACGCAUGCAGAAGCAAGAAGAACAGCGCCAGAAGACGGAGGAACAAAGGCGACGUCACCAAUUGCGAUUGGAGGAACAGAAGAUUCUCAAUGAUCAGAGAGAACAGCAACGACAACUGCAGAGGUUGCAGAUGCAGAGGGAGCAGCAACAACGUGAGCACGAAAGAAUGAAGGCGGAGGUCGCAGCCAGGGACCGCGCCCGAUUAAUGGACGAGAAAGAGCGGGAGCACGAGGAAAAGAAGUUCAUUGAACGGCCUCGCGCGACACCGCACGUGGAGGGGUCCCCUCACGAUCGGCAUCCAACUUCAGCACCCCCAGUUGGCGCGUUUCCUAGUGCCUCAGCCAGCCCUGCUCCCCCUCGCCGGCCGUUAUCUAUGGAAUCCCUGCUACAUCCUCAAUCUCAUCCUUCACCGUCGCAGCACCAACACAGGCCCUUUGGGUCCCCGGCCGAAGCCUCGACGUCGGGACAGUCACAUCCCUCUAAUACACGUUCAUAUCAAUCUCAGUACGGACCCCUUCCGCCGCUUGAGGCUCCCCACCCUCCUCGUUUACCUCAUCCGUCAAGGAAAUCUGAUCCAGGAGUUCCUUCUCUCGCGCAAGCUCAGUCCCCUCCGCAACCCUUGAAGCGUUUGACAUCGCCUGCCACCUCACACCCACCAACAUUGUCCCAUUUAGUCGCGUCUCCCAGCCAUCAGCCGCAUCAAACAGUAUCUCCUUCGCUGCACGUCUUGCUAUCUCCAUCGCAGGCUUCUAUCCGACUGCCGCCACCGCUAUCCGAUCCACGACCACCUAAGAAACCCCGAGUUUCGCCAGAGGAUUCGUACCAUCAUCCGUCCCCGUCCUCCACCCGACUGACACCAAGGGAAGAGCAGACGAUUUUGGCGAUCAGGGACGAAAAGCAGCGCAAGGAAGAAGAGGCAAGGCGGAGGGUGGAGGAACGGAGACAGCACGAUGAACGCGAGGAACUACGGCGAAAGCGGACACGGGAGAUGCAGCUUGAGCGCGAACGGCAAACAGAGCUAGAGGGACAAAGGAUGCGCCAAGAGUCAGGGUCAACUUCGGGCAAGUCGCAUCAUGUUGAAGAACGGAAGCCAGACUUCCCCUACCCCAUCUCCGCAGAGCCGACGAGUAUAUUCGCACCCCCACACCGACCCCAGAUUAUAGAACUUCUGCCGAGGGACGACCCUUCGCCGCCCCCACGACCCCCUCCACGACAGUUAACACGUACCCCCAUCCAGGCUUCCCCUCCCGCCAGAACCCGCGUGUCCCCUCCCCGAGUCGUGAAGCUCGAAACGGUCGAAGGUCCCCCGGAAGUCCGACAACCGAAGAGAUUACCCCCAGGUAGCCAGGAAGGGCGGGCCAAAGCCGCUAGAAGGGUGGAUUCUACGUCAUCCCAUCUCACGCCGCACGAGGCAGUCAAUCCUCCCCCUGAAACUUGGAGCAAUUCUGAUACGAAGCCAGUCGGUGAGGGACCCGCGAAGACUUUGAUGGCGGACGUUGGGGAGGAGAGAAUGGAUGAUGAGCGUGGUCCAGGUAGGGCUAAACAAGUUGCAAAGGAUAAGAAGGGCUCACGCACUCAUUCCCUUCUGCGAUUCCCUGGUUCUGAUGCUAAGCCAGUCUCUCCGCCUCCUCAACGCUCCGAGCCCGAGAAAGCAUCUCCGCCGUCUCAACCAUCGCAGAAACAGCCCAUCUCUCCGAAGAACCACCCAUCGCAAGACGACGUACACAAGUGGCUGCUUGAGCAGUCGACGGAUGCUCCGUCGCCGUCGCGUAGUGACCCUAAGCCAGAAGCCAAAGCGUCGCCAGUCACACCGGCUGUGGGGCCUAAAGCCGCUGCAACCGAUGCCACAACGAACAGCAGCCCAGCGAUGACCAUAUCUGACGACGCCGUGACUGCGCUGGAACAAGAGCUGGAAGAUAUUUUGAUGGAAGAGCCCGAACGGGAAGCAGACACGAUUGGAGGUGACAUUGACAAGGAAGUGACUAGUCUGGUUGCAGAGACACUGGACACCGACACCGAGCCUCCGCAGCAUAAAUCGCAGCCUAGGGAGUUGGACCGUGCGCCGCAACCGACCAGCAGCAUGGAAGUCGAUGUGGAAGAUGAGUUAUUAAGCUUAGUGGAUGAUAAGCCACAACACGCUGCACAUCGUGGCAGGAGCUCACCUCAUAUGGCCACCUUGGAUGCCAAACCGUCAUCUCGCAAAGCCAGUGAAUCUGGAUCACGCCCAGCAUCACCACCCACUAGACCUCCGUCAGCUCUGCAGACCAGCGGAGUCGAGCCAACACCAGAGCGCGGCUCCAUGCCCCCUCCAGCCCCGAAACUUGCUACUAGCAAGAGCAAGGAGAAGGACUCGGAAAAGGAAAGCAGCAGUGCUCCAUCGAAGAAGAAAUCUGGCCCUAAACCCAAGGCAACUACUGUGACGGCCUCCAGCAAGGCACGCGCGAAACCUGCACCAAAACCCAAACCAAAAAACGCCGAUUCUUCCACAGUGGCAGGGAGCAAAACGUCCAAGUCUGCGAGCAAGAAAGUACCCCCUGCCGUCAAUGCUAAUGCCAACGCCAGGUCUCGGUCAACGUCUGCUAUGCCAAGUGGUUCCGUUGGACCCGAAGGAGAGACCGCUGUGGACAAAGACAAGGAAAAAGAGAAUGAACCAGAGGAUGAAACACCGGCAGAUGACGAUAAACUAUAUUGUGUGUGCAAGACCAAGUACGACGAGGAUAGAGUCAUGAUAGCGUGUGAUCGCUGCGACGAAUGGUACCAUACCCAGUGUGUCAGCAUGCCUGACUUGGAAGUCGAUUUGGUGGAUCAAUUCAUUUGUCCGCUUUGCAUACAACGUCACCCUCACCUUUCUUUAUGCACUACUUACAAGAAACGGUGUUUAUUCGGCUUGUCACACCCCACCCCAUCGUCCCCAGAUGCUUGCCAUAAACCGGCGCGGGGUGCGCUCUCGAAGUACUGCUCUGAUGAAUGCGGGUUUAAGUGUGUACAGGCACGCAUCGAUGACUGGGCUAAACAAGGCGGCAAGCGGGAGACGCUUUGGGAAAACGUCAAGAACGCGGAGAAGCGCGAGGGCGUGGUCAUACUUCAUGGCGGAGAUGGUCAAGAGGCAGAGAACGCGACUGUGCGGGUGAUGCCUGAGAAGAGCAAGUCGGAGAAGGAGGUUGAGCGGUUGAAUGGUCUCCUCGACCUGGUGGUGAAUCAGAGAGAGGAGGUCAAGAUGGGGAUGGAGGUUGUGGGCUGGCGUGAGCGUCUUCUUGAGCUCGCUAGCGACCGUGCACAGCAACUGGGAGAAUGCGGUUGGGACCAACGGCUGUGUUUUGGCGACGAAGAGUACGUCGAGUAUGGCGAAGGCGUUUUGGAAAGCUACGAGAUGCUUACCAGUGGCGAUGUGCAAAGCGAUGUGGAAAGUGAAGGGGAAUGGUGGUGUCGUGGCCCAACCAAGUGUGAACGACACUUGGGCUGGCAGGGAGUACGACACAAGGACGUCCAGAAGGAAAAACAAAAUAAAGAAGAGGCGCUGCUCAAACUCACUACUCGAGAGCGCGAGAUACGCAAGCUUAUGGAAGACUUGGCGGGCCAGCAAGUAUCCAACCCCGAUACUCUCUCCAAGUCCCCCCUGGCCUUCGCCAAUAAUAAGUUAUCGAACGGACACACUAAUCACAGUAAUAAGCCGAAGAUAAACGGCGACGCGAAGAAGGGCAAGAAACGGAAGACGUUGGCUUGA